AUGCCUAAAGUAGUGUCUCGGUCGGUUGUCUGCUCCGAUACCCGGGAUCGCGAGGAAUAUAAUGAUGGUGAGAAGCCCCUCCACGUCUACUACUGUUUGUGUGGCCAGAUGGUCCUGGUGCUGGAUUGUCAGUUAGAGAAGUUGCCCAUGAGGCCUCGCGACCGAUCCCGUGUGAUUGAUGCUGCUAAACAUGCUCACAAAUUUUGUAAUACAGAAGAUGAGGAGACUGUGUAUCUUCGGAGGCCUGAAGGCAUUGAACGACAAUACAGGAAGAAGUGUGCCAAGUGUGGACUACCGCUCUUCUACCAGUCCCAGCCGAAGAAUGCCCCUGUGACCUUCAUCGUGGAUGGAGCAGUAGUGAAAUUUGGUCAGGGUUUUGGGAAAACAAAUAUAUAUACUCAGAAACAAGAGCCUCCAAAGAAGGUGAUGAUGACCAAACGGACCAAAGACAUGGGCAAGUUCAGCUCUGUCACCGUGUCUACCAUUGAUGAAGAGGAAGAGGAGAUUGAGGCUAGGGAAGUUGCUGACUCCUAUGCACAGAAUGCCAAAGUGAUUGAAAAACAGCUGGAACGCAAAGGCAUGAGCAAGAGGCGACUGCAAGAGCUGGCUGAACUAGAAGCCAAGAAAGCUAAAAUGAAGGGGACCUUGAUUGACAACCAGUUCAAAUGACCAAAGCUUUUCUCUGAGCCCAGAUGGAGGCAAGCAUUUAGAUCAAGAAGAAAAAUAACUUCUUGAUUAUAUGGACUGGUUUCUGUUUAUUCCCAGGAGAAGGCAUUACUUUAUUUCCCAUUGACUUUCUUGUAUUCAGCGAGGUCUUUGAGUCCAUUUGACCUGCUUUCUAAGAGGUGGAUGUUUCUAAGUCUUUAUGUAGGUUUUCUGUACUAAUUUUUGUCCAUUUGAUGUAAACUUCUUCAGCUGUGUAAGAACUUUAUGAAUAGAUCAGUGCUUGAGUGUCUCUAUUUUAUAAAAUGACUUUUUAUUCCUUUUCCAGUUAAUAGAAUAUU